AUGAUAAUAAUUAUACUAAUUAUUUUAUUUUAUUUUUUAGAAAAACCAACAAAGAAUUGCAUGGAUAACCCCAAUUGUUUUCAUCACCUGGGUCAAAAAUAUUUUAGUAGUGAUAUCGAUACAUAUGUAAUUGAAAAUUUAAUAAAUAAUCGUAUUAAAGAAUCAAAUAAUAAUAAAUUAAUUCAACAAGUUGAAGAAAGAGAUAUUUCAAUCCAACCAGCAGGUUUAAAAAAUCUAGGUGCAACAUGUUAUGCAAACUCUUUAUUACAAUUAUUAUUUAUGAACAGGGAAUUUAGAAAAUUAAUUUUAGAAAUGAAUAAUCAAGACAACAAUAUUGAAUCUUUAGAAAAAAAGAAUGAAAUUAUCGAUCAGUUAAGACUAUUGUUUUUAAAUAUGCAGUUUAAUAGAAACAAGGUAUUUGAUCCAUCAGAAUUUGUAAACACACUGGAAUUAUCAAACUCAGUACACCAAGAUAUUCAAGAGUUUUUUAUAUUGUUUAUAGGCCUUAUUGAAUCUCAAAUCGAUUUAAUUAAUUCACAACUGCAGGAACAGCAACAAUCCAACGGAGAAUAUAAUUUUUUAAAAAGACUUUUUCAAGGACAAUGUCAUUAUAUAACGGAAUGUUUAAAGUGCCAUGGUAAAUCAAAAUCUGCAAGUUCAUUCCUUGAAAUUCAGGUUCAAGUAGAAGGAUCAAGUGGUUUGGAGGAAUCAUUAAAACGAUACUUUUCAAAAGAAACUAUUAAUGAUUAUUUUUGUAAGAAAUGUAAUUCAAAUAACGACUGCUCAAGAUCGAUCGAGUUAACUAGAAUCCCACCAUAUUUAAAUUUCCAAUUGUUACGUUACACAUUUGAUAAAAAUACAUUCAGAAAAAAGAAAAUUCAUGAUAGUUUUAGUUUUCCAUUAGAGUUAAAUUUAUCCAAUUUUUUGAAUAAUGAUAUCAAUAAUAAUGGCAAUAAUAAUAAUAAUAGUAAUAAUAUAUCAAAAAUAAUAUCACAGGGGGAGUCUAUUAAAGAUUUGAGUUUAUAUUAUCCAUCUGAUUCAGAUUCAGAUAGCGAAAUUAAAUCAAACAAUAGCAAUAAAAGUAAAAAAUCAAUUAAUAGUAAUUUAAAUAAUGAAAUUAAAAAUGAAGAACUUUGCUAUCAAUUAAGUGGUAUUUUAAUGCAUCAAGGUGUUGGUACUUCAGGUGGUCAUUACAUUUGUCAUUUAAAAGAUGAUGUUAGUGGUAAAUGGUACAAAUUUGAUGAUGAAACAGUUGAAGAGAUAGAAUUAAAAAAUUUAGGUAAAGAUGGUAAAAACGGAAGAAGAAAGAAACAAGAAGGUAUUAUUUCAUCAUCAACCGCAUAUAUGGUGUCAUAUUCAAAGAAAAAUAGAGAAGUAAUUCAUUUAGAGGAAGAUCCAAACAACCCGUUAAAGUCACAUAAAAAUCUUUCAAAAAGGUUAUUAAAGCGUUUAGAAGAGAUGGAAGAUACCUUUGUUUCAAAUAAGAGUACAUUUGAUAUUGAAUUCGAAAAGAUGAGGUUAUUAUGGAAGGAUAGAAUCGACUCUUAUCAAAAACUUGAACCUCAUUUACAAGUUAAACAAGAUUUUGAUUUUGAAGAGGAUGAUAGCGACGAAGGUACUGAUGAAUAUGAACGCUAUGCAAAGAAGCAAUCAAUAUUGGAUCAAAUUACCAAUAGUGAAUAUUAUUGGAUUGAUACUGAAUGGUUAAAGAAUUGGAUUCAAGGCCACAGCUCACCAAUUGAUAACUCAAAUCUACAGUGUCCUCAUGGUUUUUUAAACCCAAAUAAAUUAGAGUCAAUGAAACGUAUAAGUAGCCAGGGAUGGAUAAUGUUAUAUAGCGAAAUGAAUGGUGGCCCAUCAUUUAAUCAAUCAUCAGUGUGUAAUGAAUGUUUAUAUUUCCUAUGUUCUCAAACUAAAGAAAAAGCAAAUGUAAAAAAUAUAAAAGACCAUUUAAUUUCAGUUGAAAAGAAAAAAAUAAAAUUAGCAGAUAAUAGCAAUAGUAAUGAUAAUAAUAAUAACAAUCAACAAUAUUACAUAUCAAAGAAUUGGUUUAAUAAUUGGAAAAAAUCUAGUCAAAAUCAAUAUUCUGAGGUAUCUCCAACCUAUGAUAUUUCUUGCCCACACGAUGGUUUAAAUCUUGAUACAAAGGAUAGACUUUUGGUUCAAAAGGAAACUUGGGAUCACUUGUUUUCAAAAUAUCCAAAUUCAAAUGUUUUCUCAUCACAAACUGCCCAAUGUAUACUCUGUACCGAAAAAGAUGACUUGAUGCUUGAUAAAAUUAAUUCUCAAGUUACAUUAUCUAAAGAAGUCAAAAAAGAAAUGAAGGAUCUUUUAGCAUUAAUUUCAAAUAAAAAUAAUAAGAAGAGACCAAACAUUAAAGAAGGUGAAUAUUGUGUAGUACCAAAAGAUUGGUUAGUUAGCUGGGAAGAAAGUGUUUUAAAUCCUGAUAAAAUAAAUGAGGAUGAAAUUGAAAGCAAUGAUGUUAAUAAAGAAGAAGGAAAAGAAGAAAAAGAAGAAAGUCAAGAAAAUAUUAUAAAACCAAUUGAUAAUAGUGAAUUUAUUUGUAAAGAACAUUCAGGUUUUAUAUAUAACUUGGAUAAUGCGUCAAUCAUAAAAAAAUUAAAUCAAUUUUCUUUAGAAGAAAACUAUAACAAUAGUUAUUACGACGAAGACAUACCGUUUCUUUUAAUACCAAAGACAUAUUAUAGCAAGUUGGAAAAUAGAUAUAGAGUUAAAGAUAAUCUAACUAUUCAGGUUAAAGAUGGAAACCUUCUUGAGCCUUUAUUUAUAUGUUAUGAAUGCUAUUUACUUCAAAAGGAAAUUAAUCAAAAAAGCAAAUUAGAAUAUACAGAACAAACAAUUUUCAUUCAUAAAUUAAAUGAAAAAGAUAAUGAAAAAGAUAAGAAAUACUAUGAAUUCCCAAUUUCUUUUAGAACUCCCAGAUCAUUUAGAAAUGAAGUCUCUCCAGUUAGUUGUGAUUUUACUAUCGAGCAACUAAAGCUGACAAUUUGUUCAAUUUUAGAAACAUCAACUUUUCAACAAAGAUUAUUUAUUUUACAAGAGUCCGAGGAUCAAGAUCCAACAAAAUCGCAAAUUAUUGAAUUAAAAGAUCAAAAUAAACUUUUAAGUGAAUAUAAAAUUGUUCCAAAUCAAAUUAUUGUUAUGAAAAUAUCUGAUGACUAUUCAUCAUUUAUCGACGAUUCAAACUAUACCGAAGAAACUGGUUUUAAAGGUACAAUUUUUAAUAAAGAUAAUAUAUGA